AUGGAACCAGACGUCGCGGCCGGAAGCGGGACAAUGACCCAGCGACAGGUACUCGCGGCGAUAUAUAGUACGAUCGCGAGAUUAGAGACUCGAGUGUUGGAAUAUGGGGUCAAAUUAUCGGAAUUAUCGUCUUCCGUAGAGACGCUCGGGAAUUUUGUAGAAGCCAAGGCAUAUUUUCCCUGUCCUGUUGCGGGAUGCCCCCUUCACUUUACCAACAAGUCCCACUGCGUAAGACAUGUCAAGAGCAUGAUAAACAAUAGCCAAGCUGGCAGCCACCCCCACCAGACGCAUAAGAUGGCCUUGGAUAUGCUCUGCAAGAGAAUUGACGGGCUGCAACACAACAAUGAGGACGUCAUCAAGGUCGAGGAAGAGGGAGGAGUGGAAGCAGAUGUGGAUGGUGUUGGAGGAGACCGACGGCAUCGACCAAGCUCCCCAGCUCCCCGGUGCCGCGGAGCCGCGGAGCCUGGUAAUCCAGACGAGUUCUUCGAUUUUGACAAAGCUUCUGGUUCUUUGGGGACUGGCACCGCACCUAUUAUUAGCGCCAAUACACAGAGCGUCGAUCAGGUCUCCCAGGCUCCUCACGCCUCCGGUUCAUCGGGUAUUGAUAACAUGUCUGUGCCCUUCAUCGAUGCGCAGAACGUCGACCAAGCCCCGGAUAUAUUAGAAUCCAUUGGUAUGAACGCGUCUUUCGGUUUCGAACAAAUCCCCGGAUUUCCAGAGUCUGUUAGUCCUCCCAUCAACACUAUUGGACAGAACAUCUACCAGAUCCCUCAAGCCCCUUAUACCUCCAGUUUACCAGGAUUCAUUAAUCCAACUGCAGCUCCCACCAGCGCCAACGCGCCAGGAACUGAGUAUACUUUCAGCGCCGGUAUACGGGGCAUCACCCAGGCCAUUCCCCCUCCUGGCAACAAUAUGCAAAGCUCUACGAUUCCCAUUGGGGCUUGGAGCGGGCAGCCUGUCCCUGCAUUGAAUGGCAGCUACGGCGGAUACAUGCAGCAUCCAAUCAAUGGUUACAAUCAGCCGUGGCAGCAAUUGAUCAGCCCAUCUAUUGGCAACAAUAGAGAUUGGCGACAACCGUUCGUCAACGUAAAUGGCGACAACAACGGGGCUUGGAAUCAGCGCCAGGUUGAUUCGAUUGGUGGAAACGCUGGGAACAUUCAGUAA